CGUAUACGUGCGCGUAUAAAAAAAGUUUUGGCUUGGCCUCAGCGUCAGCGACCCCCGAAGACCUCGGCACUCUCUAUCUCUUUCUCUAUCUCUCCCUCUCUCUAACCCCAAAUUUCGAUGGGAUCGAUUCAUGGGGAACCCCAAUAGCAUCGGAGGGGAGGAGGAGGAGGGGAACGCUUCGAUGCCGGAGGAGGAUCUGGUGGAGCUCAGGUUCCGGCUCUUCGAUGGCACGGAUAUUGGCCCUUUCCGGUACGCACCAUCUGCGACGGUUGCAAUGCUCAAGGAGAGGAUCGUUGCGGAGUGGCCCAGAGAUAAAAAAAUUGUACCAAAGGCUGCGAAUGAUGUAAAACUCAUCAGUGCUGGAAAGAUAUUGGAAAAUAGCAAGACAGUUGCCCAGACCAGAACUCCAUUUGGUGAACUUCCUGGUGGAACCAUCACCAUGCACGUUGUUGUGCAACCAUCUUUACCAAAGGCAAAGACAGAAAAGAAGGUUGAGGAGUUGCCAAAGAACAGAUGUGGAUGUACCAUUUUGUAAGGUUAAAGUCGUGUUGAAUUUAUUGUUUAUGUAGAGGUGAAACACAAAUUAAUUUGGAAAAUAGUUGUGAGAUGCAUUCUCUUGGUUAUCCUAAUUGUGAUUAGUAAGAGGGGAUGCGACCUAUGUUGCAGGGUGAUGACAUAUACAUGAAUACUACAUUUGGUAGGCUUGGGAAGUAUCAUAAGGGUGGCAUGAUAGACGAAUUCCAUAGUCAUGGUUUGAUUUCUGGAGUAAUAUACUUUAAUAGAAAGCAGUGUUUGCCAAUGUUUCUUGAA